AUGGAGAGCCUGUCAGCUGGGGAGUCACCUGGCCAUCCUCACCAGGGUGAGGCCUCUCCCUGCUGGCAGCUCACCGUCAAGGUCCUGGAGGCACGGAACCUGCCCUGGGCUGACCUGUUGAGCGAGGCUGACUCGUAUGUGAUCCUGCAGCUGCUGACUGCACCUGGAACAAAGUUUAAGACCAAGACCGUCACCAACUCCAACAACCCUGUAUGGAAUGAGACCUUCACCUUCAGAAUCCAGAGUCAGGUCAAGAAUGUUCUGGAGCUGAGCAUCUAUGAUGAGGAUUUUGUUAAAAAGGAUGAUUUCUUCUUCAAGUUUCUCUAUGAUGUCUCAGAAGUCCUGCCUGGCAAGCUGCUUCAGAAGACCUUCUCCUGGAGUCCUCAGGUGGGUGGGGAAGUGGAGCUAGAUGUAGAGUUCCUGGUGGAGAAAACGUUGGACCACCCAGAAAACCUCACCACCAACAGCGUCCUUGUGGCCCGGGAGCUGUCGUGCCUGAACGCGAGUCUGGACUGCACAGGGAGCACGGCCGUGGCCUCAGAUCAGGACAAACUGGAGCUGGUGGUUAAGGGGUCAUAUGAGGACACGCAGACAAUGACUCUGGGCACAGCCUCUGCCUUGCGCUUCCACUACAUGGCAGCCCAGGAGACAGAGCUGAGCGGGCGCCUGCGGAGCUCCACAAGCAAUGGCUGGAACUCAGACAACUCAGCUGAGCACCUCACUGUGCCCCUGCAGUCCUUGACCAUGGGGAAGAUGGUGACCGUUGAUCUUCCUGCCCCAAAUGCCCCAGGAGUGAGGCUUCAGCUCAAGGCAGAGAGCUGCCCCAAGGAGCUGGCUGUGCGGCUGGGUUUCGACCUGUGUGCAGAGGAGCAGGCCUUCCUGAGCAGGAGGAAGCAGGUGGUGGCCAAGGCUCUGCAGCAGGCCCUGCAGCUGGAGGGCGACCUGCAGGAGGACGAGGUCCCUGUCGUGGGCAUCAUGGCCACCGGAGGGGGUGCCCGGGCCAUGACCUCACUCUACGGCCACCUGUUGGCCCUGCAGAAGCUGGGUCUCCUGGACUGUGUGACCUAUUUCAGUGGCACCUCAGGCUCUACAUGGGCAAUGGCCCACCUGUAUGGGGACCCUGAGUGGUCACAGCAGGACCUCGAGGGACCCAUCCUACAUGCCCGGGAGCACAUGGCCAAGAGCAAGCUGGAGACCUUCUCCCCAGAGUCCCUGAGGAGCUACCUGCAGGGGCUGAAGGUGCGGGCUGAGCAGGGCUACCCUACCACCUUUGUGGACCUGUGGGCCCUAGUGCUGGAGAACAUGCUGCAUGGCCAGGAGGUGCAUCAGACGCUGUCGGGACAGAGGGCUGCACUGCAGCGGGGCCAGAACCCUCUGCCGCUCUACCUGAGCCUCAACGUGAAACAGAACCAUCUGGAGACCCUCGACUUCAAGGAGUGGGUUGAGUACUCCCCCUACGAGGUUGGGUUCCUGAAGUAUGGGGCCUUCGUCCCCUCUGAGCUCUUGGGCUCUGACUUCUUCAUGGGGCAGCUGAUGAGGAAGAUCCCUGAGUCCCGGAUCUGCUUCUUGGAAGCUAUCUGGAGCAACAUUGUCUCCGUGAACUUGCUGGAUCUCUGGCAUGGCCUCACCAGCUCUGGGGAAGCCUGGAAACAGUACCUCAAGGACAAGAUGAGGAACACAGAGAAGGAGCCCCCUGCCUGCUCAGAGACCUCCUCAUACCUAGAGGCCUCGUGGCUGCAGCCUGGAACGGCGCUGGCCCAGGCCUUCAAGGGCUUCCUGGAAAACAGGCCGCUCCACCAGUGCAGCCCCAACUUCCUCCACGGCCUCCAGCUGCACCAGGACUACUACAGCCAGAAAGACUUCUCUACCUGGGCAGACUGCCAGCUAGACUGCACCCCCGGCCAGCUGACCGUCCAGGAGCCCCAGCUCUGCCUGGUGGACACCGGAUACUUUAUCAACACCAGCUGCCCCUCCAUGUUCCGACCAGGCCGUAGGCUAGACCUCAUCCUCUCCUUUGACUACUCCUUGUCCUCACCCUUUGAGGUGCUGCAGCAGACUGAGCUGUACUGCCGGGCCCAGGGGCUGCCCUUCCCCUGUGUGGAGCUGAGCGCUCAGGACCUCCAUCAGCCCCGGGAGUGCUACCUCUUCUCAGACCCUGACUGCCCCAAGGCUCCUGCCCUGCUGCACUUCCCGCUGGUCAACGCCUCCUUCAAGGACCACUCGGCCCCUGGUGUCCGGCGCAGCCCUGCAGAACUCCAAGCUGGCCAAGUGGAUCUCAACAAGGCCACCUCACCCUAUUCCCUGUUCAACAUGACGUACAAGGAGGAAGACUUUGACGACCUGCUGCGUCUCAGUGACUACAACGUGCGUAACAGCCAGGACACCAUCCUGCAGGCCUUGAGGACUGCCCUGAAGCACCAUGCCUCAGGGAUCCGGCCUCCAGGGGUGCAGACAUGA